AUGAGUGAGAAAAAUGAUAUUCUCUUGCAGAAAAUGGAACAACAUCUACAGGAAAAGAUGGAGCAAAUGGAUUCUAAAUUCGAGACAAAAUUGCACGCAAUGGAAGAAUUUAUGAAAAAGAGUGUCAAGACCAGCGAGGAUAACAUACGAGCAAAAUUCGAAAAUAUAAGCAACCAGUUGAUUUUUAAAAUGGAGAAUAUUCUGCAGCAACAAGAGGCUGAAACGAAAACCUUCCAGGAAACGUCGAAAACUCAUCUUCAGAAAAUAGGUGAAAACAAGAAUGCUCUUGAUAUGCUUUCCGGUACGGUACGAAUUAUGAGUACACUAACGGAAGGAAGCAAUAAGAUACUCGAGGCUCACUUUGUGUAUCCUGUCCUUUCCUGUCAAGACGUUAUGAAACUAUCAGGACGAUACGUUAUUCAUGUAGGGCAAAAUUUACAACCAUUAAAAGUGUUAUGUGAACAAAACAAAUUCGAUGGCGGUUGGACGGUCAUCCAGCAAAGGUAUGACGGUUCAGUCGACUUUUAUAGGAACUGGACGGAGUACCGUAAUGGAUUCGGUGCUUUGGAUGGCGAAUUCUGGCUCGGACUAGAAUAUUUGCAUCAAAUGACGACAAACCGACCCCACGAACUGAUGGUAGAAGUGAAAGAUUUUCACGGAAAUUACGGAUACGCUAAGUAUGAAGAGUUUGAGAUAGGUAACGAAUCGGAGAAGUAUGUGUUGAAGAAGUUAGGGUUAUACUCAGGGACAGCAGGAAACUCAAUGCAGUACAACAAAAAUGAAAAGUUUAGCACAUUCGAUCGUAACAAUGACAGAUUUGGAAACAAGUGUGCUGAGGAGCGACACGGGGCCUGGUGGUAUUAUGGAUGCACCAAUUCCAACUUGAACGGGCGUUAUCAGAACACAAUAGAUGAUCGGAGUGCGAUAGAAUGGUGGUACUUUAAAAAUGACUUUCGUGAAGUGAAAGAUUUCCACGGAAACUACGGGUACGCUAAGUACGACGAGUUUGAGAUCGGUAGCGAAUCGGAGGAGUACAAGUUGAAGAAGUUAGGCACGUACUCAGGGACAGCCGGUGAUCCGUUGCAGUACCAAAAAAAUCAAAAGUUUACCACAUUCGAUCGUGACAAUGAUCAAUCGAAUAGCGUUAAUUGUGCUGAGGAGCAUCACGGAGCCUGGUGGUACUGGGGUUGCACCAUUUCCAAUUUGAACGGGCGUUAUGAGAACUCAACAGGUGAUAGUCUAAUGACGUGGUACUAUUUAAAAAACGACUUACGUGGUAUGUCUUACUCGAGAAUGAUGAUUCGCGAUAUCAUUAAUUAA